AUGAGACUAUCACAAGGAAGCAAGACAUACCUCGACCUGCCUUCUCUUAUUGAGCCUCCGGAGUAUAGCAUUGUCGUAUGUGCAGACGACGACGAGUAUGCCGGCCGGGACAAGGUGCUACAAAAGUUCAUCAAUGUCGAUGAUCCCGACCCCGCCGGAACCACCGGCACAACCGGCGCGGACCAUGACGACCGCUGCCGCAAGCUGAUGGACAUCUCCGGGACCGCCGUCAACAUCGAGCUGCUGGAGCUGGGCCCCGAGACGGAUCAGGCCAUGCUGCGGUACCAGAUCGAGUACGCAGAGGCCUUCGCCUUCGUCUUCAGCCUGUACUCGCCGCGCUCGCUGGAGACGACCCAGAAGCUGCACGACAAGGUGGAGCGCGCGGCCCGCAACCACCACAACAUUGUCACCAUGAGCGAGUAUGACAGGGACGGCGGCAUGAACGUGCCGGUCUUCCUCAUUGGGAACCGCGACGGGGACCUGGCGCCCCCGCAAGAGCUAGAAGAGGGCGACUUCUCCCCCACGGCCUUCAACGAGAGCGCCGAGGCGGACAUGAAGGCCCAGAGGGAGAAGGCCAAGGCGCUGGCGCAGCUCUGGGGGUGCGCCUACUUCGAGGUCGACACGUCCAAGCGGCGCGGCGAGCACGGCGUCGACGAGGCCAUUAUGGGGAUCGGCCACUUCAUCAAGGCCACGGAGAGGCCGUCCACAUCGUCGACCGCGUCGUUCCGCACGCCUAUGAAGCCGCCCAAGCAGUACCGCAUACGGAGGUUCCUAGGCCGGAUGGGGCGGAUGACGAGUUUGGGCAGCUGA